CGUCUGUACGAGGUUACACGUCUGGCGGAGAAAAUGGCCCCCGUCUGGGUCUCCAGGCUUUACGGUGGCCAGUCAGUCGAGUACCCUCGAAGUUAACACGUAAGCUUUCUGACUGCUUCCCACAACAUCAAGCUCAGCUUGCACAGAAAUAUGGUUUUAAGUGGCGAAAGCGCCGGUCUGUGUGGGACAUUGAACACAUAGCAGAAAUCCCAGACUCGGAACAUUUGGGAACGUCGAUCGUGCUGUAGUCCCCUUGCAAGACAAUGGCCAAAGAGCAGAAACAAAGCAGGGCGGAAACAUUUGUAUUGGCAGGGUCAAAUGGUCAUAAUGGGCAGCAGUGGCAGACUGGUAUGACUAACUCGGUGCAAAAUCACCCUGCACCUGCUAACCACAUGUCAAGGAUGAUGCGGGUUGCUUCGGAUGUCAAGCACAAGUGUGCGGCCUAUGUGCUGGCAUUGAGGCCAUGGAGCUUCAGUGCCUCGCUCACACCUGUGGCCCUCGGCAGCGCCUUGGCAUACAAACUGGAUGGCUCUGUGGACUUGGUGGUUCUGAUGGUGUGUGCAGUGGCUGUCCUCGUGGUCCACGGGGCGGGAAACCUUGUAAACACCUACUAUGACUUCUCCAAAGGGAUUGACCACAAGAAGAGUGAUGAUAGGACUCUUGUGGAUGAAAUCUUGGCACCACAGGAUGUUGUUAUGUUUGGCGCCUUGUUAUAUUCUUUGGGGUGCUUGUGUGCCACUCUGCUCUACUUUCUGUCUACGCUGAGGCUGGAGCACUUGGCCCUAAUUUAUUUUGGGGGACUCUCCAGCUCUUUCUUGUACACCGGUGGCAUCGGGCUCAAAUAUGUGGCCCUGGGAGAUGUAGUAAUCCUCAUUACCUUUGGCCCUCUGGCAGUCUUGUUUGCCCACGCAGUGCAGGUUGGGUACCUCUCUGUGCUUCCGUUGGUGUAUGCCGUCCCGCUGGCCCUCAACACAGAAGCCAUCCUCCACAGCAACAACACGAGAGACAUGGACUCUGACAAGCAAGCGGGCAUCGUCACCCUGGCCAUCCUCAUAGGACCUACGCUCUCUUAUGUCCUCUACAACCUCCUGCUCUUUGUCCCUUAUGUGCUCUUUUGCAUCCUCGCCACCCAUUACACCAUCAGCAUGGCACUGCCUCUGCUCACGUUGCCCAUGGCCUUCACCUUGGAGAAGCAGUUCAGGAGCCGGUGCUACGCCAGGAUCCCCCAGAAAACAGCCAAGCUCAACCUCCUCAUGGGACUUUUCUAUGUUUUCGGGAUCAUUCUGGCUCCUCGCGGCAAGCUGCCGGGAGGAGCUCGUGAUUCAGUAGAUAUUUAAAAAUUUGUUGAUUUAAUACAGACUAGUUUACGUACUGAUUUGGAUUUUUACUUGUACAAAACUGUCUAAAGGCGCUCAUUGGAUUUAAUUUACUUGUUUAAUCUGUAAGUUGAACAGAUUUAGCUCCUCAUUCAGGAUGCUAAAGACAUAAUCAGAUGCUUUUAUCCAGUAUUAAGCCUGCUGUGAUGUGUUGGUAAAAGUUCAAAGAUGUUGAUUUGUAGAGGCGGGCAGAAAGUGAACCUACUGUUGCCAUAUUUGUAGACAUGGCAUUAUAACACAGACCCCCCCCCCCCAAAAAAACAAAACAAAAAAAACAAAAAAACAUCAGUAAACCAUUGCUGUUCUCUCUGUAUGGUACAAACUGUUAAUUUGUUCAUUGUGGUUUUCUUUUUCUAGAGCCUAUUAGUAUUUCAUUGGAUUGUAAUAAAAGUUAACUCAUG